AUGGAGGUGUCUGGGAGAGCAAGUCAGAGCCGUGGCUGGUGCGUUAUGCCUACCACGGUGUGCACAGCGAAGGCGUCUUGCAAGAAAUUGCCAGGCUUGCUCGAGCUCACAGACACCCACCUCCAAUGGACCCAGGAUGGGAAGAAGGCGCCGGCGAUACGCGUCGCCCACUCCGAGGCUGCGUCACUCUUCUGCAGCAAAGAGGGCGCAGCACAGGUCCGACUGAAAGUAUCCCUCAUCGGCGACGAGAAUGGCCACAACUUCACCUUCACGUCCUCGCCACAACCCAUCGCCGUCGCCGAGCGCGAAAAGUUCAAGCAGGAGCUCACCGCCAUUAUUGGUCGUAACAGGAGCAGCGCGUCCGCCGUGGCUGAGGCACGCUCGAAGCUCCUCGUCCCGCCACCGAUCAACGUUGCUGCCAACCUCCCCGUGUCCGCUGUGUCUGCUGUGUCGACCCCCACUACCGUAGUGAAGCCACGACCGACAGCCCCACCUGCCCGCCCGUCCGUCUCUCGAGCCGCCUCGGUCGUCAGCGAGCGAAGAGCGACGCCGAUUAUCGCAGGAGAUGACCCCACGUCUGAUUUCCGGUUAAGAAAGCAGGUGCUCAUGAGCAACCCGGAGCUGGGUGCGCUGCACAGGGACUUGGUCAUGACGGGGCAGAUAACGGAAGCAGAGUUUUGGGAUGGUCGAGAGCACCUUAUACUGGCACAAGCUGCUGCCGAAGGCCAGAAGAAGGGCAAACCGGGCCAGUUGGUCGAUCCAAGACCUGAAGCCGUUGAAGGAGGGGAGAUCAAGAUUCGCAUUACGCCACAGCUCGUGCACGACAUCUUCGACGAGUACCCGGUCGUAGCGAGGGCGUAUAGCGAGAACGUGCCCAAUAAACUCUCGGAGGAGCAGUUCUGGAAACGGUACUUCCAGUCCAAGCUGUUCAACGUACACCGGGCGUCCAUACGUUCAUCUGCGACCCAGCACGUUGUCAAAGAAGAUCCCAUCUUCGACAAGUAUCUGGAAAAAGACGACGACGAAUUGGAGCCCAGGCGUCCGCGCAACGAGCAUGUGGAAGUCUUCGUGGACCUCGCUGCUACCCUAGAAGACCACGAGGAGACGGGAAAUGAGAAAGAUGUUACCAUGCAGGCUGGAAGACAAAAGGCUGCUCUGCCACUCAUCAGAAAAUUCAACGAGCACUCUGAGAGGUUGCUCAACUCGGCCCUAGGCGAAGUCUCUCCAGCGAAGCGGAGACGAUUAGAUCACGGAGAGGAUGCCUAUUCACAAAUCGAUCUUGAAGACCUGCACGAUGCUGAGGCGUCUAACGGAAUCGUUCUUGAAAUGCAAGAUAGACAGCGCUAUUUCGAGGCUAGGAUGUCGAGUGGAGCUGGAGAGUCCUCCCAACCGAAGUUGGACCCCAUGGCUGUGCUGCAGGAGACGAAGGCGAAUCUCCAGAACUGGGAGACUCGACUGACACAGCUUAAAAUCGACCGAAAAUCUGGAGACAAUGCCCUGUUAGGUAUGACUAAAGAUGUAGCGAACCGGCUUGACGGGCGAGUCAAGAAAAACGAUAUACCAGACGGUCUACUUAGACAAAUGACCAGUUGCCAGACAGCGGCCAACGAGUUCCUGCGACAGUUCUGGCUGGCGACAUAUCCAUCGCCGGGAGAACUGCCUACUGUUGCCACACCUGCUCAAAGAGCCGCCAAAGCAGCGAAAAUGAUAGGAUUUAUCUCUAAAACACACGAAAAGGUUCAAGCAUUGGUGCAAACCGCGCAGCAGCACGGUAUUGACCCGAAUCGCGUUCAGACUGCUCUCAAGCCAGUCCUUCAAGCCUCCGACCACGCACUGACCUUCUACCGGAAUAAAAAGCCACCUAAAUUGUAG